ACGCAGAAAAACUGCCCGCCACACAAAAACAUAAAAUUAAAGAAAAACAAUCAAAUCAGAAAAACUGCUCAAUCCCUGAUCGCUGGACAGAGCAGGAGGCAAACAGCAAGGCGAACGAUGGAGCCAUCAACACCAGCGCAAUUGCAGGACGACGAGGCGGCCUAUCUUGCAACCCUGCAACUCCUUUCAUACCACGGCGUCGCCAUGGCCGUCAAGGCCGCAAUUGAGCUCGACAUAUUCAACAUCCUAGCUCGUUCAGGUCCCGACACUUUCCUCUCCGCCGGCGAGAUCGCCUGCCAGAUCUCCAACUCUGAUCCUAGCAAAACCGCCCCUCGCCUCGAUCGCGUGCUUCGCUUUCUGGCCAGCCACUCCGUGCUCCGGUUCUCCUCCGCCUGCUCCGCCUCCUCCACCGGCGCAAUCGAGCGCCGGUACGCCCUCGAACCCAUAUAUCGGUUUCUUGCGAAGAACAAAGAUGGCGUCUCACUUGCUCCUGCUUUCUUGGUCACACGAGAUCAGGCUUCGCUUGGUAGCUGGCAAUAUUUGAAGGAUGCUGUGUUAGAAGACAUAGACCCUUUUACAAAAGCUAAUGGAUCGGAUCCCUUUGAAUAUAUGGCUACUAAGGACCGUCGAUUUGGCGAGCUAUUUUGCGAGUACAUGGCGAGUGUUACUAAACUGACGUCGGGGAACAUAGUGGAGGCUUACAAGGGUUUUGAGUUUCUGUCGGAGGUGGUAGAUGUUGGUGGAGGAGAAGGGACAAUGCUUGGGCUGAUCAUCUCCAGAUACCCUCAUAUCAAAGGAAUUAAUUUUGAUCUUCCACAUGUUAUUUCAAGCGCACCAAAUAUUCCAGGAGUGGAAUAUGUCGCUGGUGACUUUUUGUCAAGCAUUCCAAGUGGAGACGCCCUUUUACUCAAGUUUGUUCUUCAUGACUGGAGUGACGAGGACUGCAUACGAAUAUUAAAGAAUUGCUAUAAGGCUCUUCCAAUCACAGGAAAAGUGAUUGUUGUGGAGCAAAUUCUUCCAGAAAUUCCUGAAAGAAAUAAUGCAGUAAGAGACGUAUACUUCAUGGAUCUUAGCAUGAUGGUAACCAACCAUCGAGCAAAGGAGCGAAGCGAGAAGGAAUUUAUAAGUCUUGCAAGUGAAGCAGGAUUUGCUGAAUUCAAAAUUGCAUGCUGUGUCAUGAAUUAUCACGUAAUGGAAUUCAUAAAGUGAUGUGUAAUCACUUGGCAGGACAGCUGAGUACUGCAACUAUACUGCUUAAAAAAAUAAAUCUGAUGCUGAUGCAGAAGAAG